AUGAAUAUAAUGUUUUUAUCACUGGUGGCUCCAGUGGCAUUGGUUUGGCUCUGGCACAUCUAUUCUACAAUGCCGGAGCCUCUGUCACCCUGAUCGCCCGGGAUAUACCGCGCCUGAGAGAGGCUAAAGAUUCUUUACUUGUCAAUACUGGUGAUGCAAAUCGAGUUCAUAUAUUACCGUUAGAUUUGGGUGCGACAUAUUCCAGGAUAGAACAAGAGUUGACCGCUCACUUGUCCCGUGUCGGUGGUGUUGAUAUUUUAGUCAACUGUGCCGGUUAUGCUGUCUCCCGUUCAUUUAUUGACACGCCCGCGGAAGCCAUUGAGAGUCUAAUCAAAACAAACUAUUUGGCCUCGGCUUACGUCGUAAAGGUCCUGCUCCCUCACAUGUUGAAACCUUGCACACGGAACGGUGUUCACAUUCAUUCGUUAGACAGAAGAAUAGUGUUCGUCAGCAGUAUGGCUGCUCAAGUUUCGGUUUUCGGCUUUGCCGCAUACAGCGCCAGCAAGUAUGCGGUGCGAGGGCUAGCCGAAGCACUUCGAAUGGAAUUGGAAUCAACGGGACCGUUUGUGACUUUGGCUUUUCCACCGGAUACGGAUACUCCGGGCUUAGCAGUAAGCUUUACUCUUUAUUUUUAG